AUGGCUGGAGUUGUGGAGAUUUUCCUCCUGGCUCUCCUCAGUCUGCAGACAGUGACGGGGACGGGGCACUGGUGUGAACAUGUGGUGGAGGAGAGCGUGGAUCGAGUGCUGUCCCCCCGCCUGCAGCGUGAAGCCAGCUGCUCGGAGGUGUACCAGUACGACACGCAGGGCUGGAGGCUGGACGUGGACAGGAUGCGCGCCAAGCACGGCGGCGACGACGGCAUCGCUCUGUACUACAAGCAGCAGGGGCCCAGAGCGUCCUGCUUCCUCUACAAACCUCCAGAAGUGGACCACUCCAGGGUGAACAGGACGGUGAGGAGCUGCUGCGAGGGCUGGGGAGGAGCGCGCUGCACUGAAGGCGUGGGCGUGCGGGGGCGCUGCUUCUCCACGUGGAGCUGCCAGGAGUUCCCCGGAGUCCACAACUCGUCCCUGAUGUCGGUGGAGCAGUGCUGCGGCGGCCUGUGGGGGCGGAGCUGGAGGAACGCCUCGGACCACGCCUGCCUGUCCUGCACAUACACCCUGCUCCCAGACUCGCCGUCGUCCCCCCGGGUGCGCGGCGCUCUGCUCCCCCAGGGCUCGGCCACGUGCUCGUCCUGGGGGGGAGCUCACUACCGGACCUUCGACCGGCGACACUUCCACUUCCAGGGUGGCUGCACCUACCUCCUGGCCUCGUCUGCCGACGGCACCUGGGCCGUGUACAUCGGCACGGCGUGCGACGGGCGAGGACACUGCAGCAAGGCACUAAGGAUGAUGCUGGGUCUGGACUUGGUUUCAGUUCAGAAUGGAACCUUGACCCUGAACGAGCUCGCUGUCCCAAACGGAGAGCCGCUCUUUCAGAACGGAGUGAGCGUCCGCUGGCUGGGCGACUUCCUGUUUGUGGAGAGCGGCCUGGGGGUGAGGCUGAAGUUCGACCUGAACAACACAGUGUACCUGACGGUGACGGCAGAGCACCUGGGGGCCACCAGGGGGCUCUGUGGAGUCUACAACAACGACCCCGGCGAUGAUUUCACCACCGUGAGUGGCUCGGUGUCGCUGUACGCCGCCAGCUUUGGAAACUCCUGGAAAGUUCCAGACCGACGCAACGAAGACUGCAGCGAUGCGGCCGAGCUCGGCCACAGCUGCGACGUCGAGGCGGACGACGGCCUGCGGCGGCGGGCAGAAGCCGAGUGCCACCGGCUGCUGCAGAGCCCCUUCACACACUGCCACCAGCGGCUGGACCCCGCGGUCUACACAGAGGCCUGCCUGUACCUGUACUGCAGCGUGCCGCCGGCCGCCCGGCGGGCCGCCGUGUGCGACACGCUGGCCAGCUACGCCCGGGACUGCGCCCAGCAGCAGGUGGUCCUGGCCUGGAGGACGGACGCCCUCUGUGCCCGAGUCUGUCCCGGAGGACAGGUCUUCUCCGACUGUGUGUCCUCCUGCGCCCCCAGCUGCGCCUCCCCCCAGCCCCCCGGGCCUCCGGCUCGCUGCAGGGAGGAGUGUGUGGGGGGGUGCGAGUGCCCCCCCGGCCUGUUCCUGCACCGGGGCCUGUGCCUGCAGCCCGACCGCUGUCCCUGUUUCCACCGGAGACGCUCCUACCAGGCGGGGGACACCAUCCAGCAGCAGUGCAACACCUGCACCUGCAGAGCAGGACAGUGGCAGUGCUCCAGGGAGAAGUGUGCAGCCCAGUGCAGCCUGAUGGGGGCGCUGCAGGUCACCACCUUUGACAGGAAGCGGUACUCCCUGCAGGGGGGGGACUGCCCCUUCAUCGCUGUGGAGGACUUUGUGGACAAGAAGCUGGUGGUGAGCCUGCGCUGCGGGGAGUGUACGGCGGGUGGAGGAGGAGGAGGAGGAGGAGGAGGAAGAGGAGGGUGUCUGAAGGAGGUGUCGGUCACUGCUCUUCGCACCACAGUCACCAUCACCGACACCGGCGCAGUGAUGCUGAACGGCCAGAGGGAGGCGCUGCCCGCGGUGACGGGGGACCUGGUGGUCCGCCGGCCGUCCUCCUCCUUCCUGCUGGUCCAGACCUUCGGGGCCCAGCUGCUCUGGUUCCUGCAGGGACCCCUAGUCCUGGUUUCCCUGCAGCCUGGCUUCUCUAACAAGGUCCGCGGCCUGUGCGGGACCCUGACCUGGAACCAGCUGGACGACUUCACCACGCCCGACGGAGACGUGGAGACCAGCGUCCGGUCGUUUGCCGACAAGUUCCGUACGGAGCGGUGCGUGCUGCCGCCGGGCGCCGCCCCGGACCCCUGCUCCACCUACAGCCAGAGGCGGGGCCACGCCGAGGCGCUGUGCGCCGUGGUCCACAGCGCCGUCUUCCAGCCGUGUCACGACGUGGUGGACAGGGAUCCGUACUUCCGCCUGUGCCUGUCCGAGGUGUGCGGCUGCGCCCCCCACGGGGCGUGCCACUGCACCGUCCUCACGGCGUACGCCCGGCACUGCGCCCAGGAGGGCGUGGCCACGCCCUGGAGGAACCACACCUUCUGCCCUGUCCAGUGUUCGGGGGGCCAGGUGUACCAGGAGUGCGGCCGGGCCUGCGGGGCGUCCUGCUCCGACCUGCGACAGGCCCGGAGCUGCGAGGACGAGGGCGACGGGGAGUGUGUGCCGGGCUGCCAGUGCCCCCCCGGGCUGGCGCAGGACCACCGGGGCCAGUGCGUUCCGGUCUCCCUGUGCCCCUGUGUGGAGGGGGGGCGGACGUACCCCCCCGGGGCCAAGCUGCAGAACAGCUGUAACGUCUGCGUGUGCGAGCGCGGACGCUUCAACUGCACCCAGGAGCGCUGCCGGGACUCGAACCGCUGUCCCGGCUCUCUGGUCUACGCCCCGCGCUCCUGCCUCCUCACCUGCUCCGGCCUGGACCCCCCCGGCGGCCCCGGCCCCCGGUCCGGCUGCAGGGAGCCCCUGUCCGGCUGCGUCUGUCCUCAGGACACCGUCCUGCUGGGCGAUCGCUGCGUUCACCCUGACCAGUGUCCCUGUCACCACAACGGACGCCUGUACUACAGCAACGACACCAUCACCAAAGACUGCAACACCUGUGUGUGUCGGGAGCGGCGCUGGCACUGCAGCCGGCUGGCCUGCGCCGGCGUGUGCGUGGCCACCGGCGACCCGCACUACGUGACCUUCGACGGCCGCGGCUUCUCCUUCCUGGGCGACUGCCAGUACGUCCUGGCCCAGGAGGAGGGCGGCGCCUUCAGCGUGACGGCCGAGAACGUCCCCUGUGGCAGCGCCGGGGUCACCUGCACCAAGUCCGUCACCCUCAGCCUGGGGAAUACCGUCAUACACCUGCUGAGAGGCAGAGCCGUGGCGGUGAACGGGAUGCCGGUGACCCUGCCGCGGUCCUACAGCGGCAGCGGUCUCACUCUGGAGCGGGCGGGCCUGUUCGUGGCGCUGUCGUCUCGCCUCGGGGUCACGCUGCUGUGGGACGGAGGGAUGCGUGUGUACGUGCGCCUGGCGGCUCAGCUGCGCGGCCGGGUGGGGGGCCUGUGCGGGAACUUCGACGGCGACGCGGCGAACGACUUCACCACGCGGCAGGGCAUCGUGGAGUCCACCGCCGAGCUGUUCGGGAACUCCUGGAAGGUCAGCCCGUCCUGUCCCGACGUGGCCGAGCAGGACCUGCGAGACCCCUGCACCGUCAACCCGCACAGACUGACGUGGGCCCGGAAGAAGUGCGCCGUGCUGACCCAGGAUGUGUUCUCACCCUGUCACCUGGAGGUCCCCUUCCAGCAGCACUACGACUGGUGUGUGUUCGACGCCUGCGGGUGUGACUCCGGUGGGGACUGUGAGUGUCUCUGCACGGCGAUCGCCGCCUACGCCGAGGAGUGCAACCGCCGGGGGGUUUACAUCCGCUGGAGGUCCCAGGAACUCUGCCCCCUACAGUGUGAGAACGGGCUGGUGUACGAGCCGUGUGGCGCGGCGUGCUCGAGGACGUGUCCCGGCGUGGAGACCAGUCCUCACUCGCAGUGUGCAGCGCUGUCCUGUGUGGAGGGCUGCUUCUGUCCCGCCGGCACCGUCCGACACGGAGACAGCUGUGUGGCGCCCAGCCAGUGCCCGUGUGAGUGGGAGGGCUCCAUGUUCCCCCCGGGGAGCGCCGUCACUCGGCACUGCCAGAACUGCUCCUGUGUGGACGGGCUGUGGCGGUGCGAGGGCGUCUCCUGCCCCCCUCCCCCGCCCCCCUGCCUGGAGGCCGAGUUCCCCUGCGCCGGCGGCCGCUGCAUCCCCUCGCAGUGGGUCUGCGACAACCAGGACGACUGCGGAGACGGCUCGGACGAGGUCUGCCCGUCCACCUACUGCGGCGUGGCGUGUGACCGGGGGGAGUUCCUGUGUGCGGGGGGGCGCUGCAUCCUCUACCUGCACCGCUGCGACGGCCACGACGACUGUGGAGACCUGAGCGACGAGAGGGGGUGUGUGUGCGCGCCGGGCGAGUUCCAGUGUCCCGGGGAUCAGUGUGUCCCCGCAGGCAGAGUGUGUGACGGACGCACCGACUGCCCGUCGGGGACGGACGAAGCCGUCUGCCCCAGUAAAGUGACCUGCGCUCCGGCUCAGUUCGCCUGUGCCGACGGCACCUGUGUGUCCGAGACCCAGCUGUGUGACGGCGCGGCGGACUGUCCUGGCGGUGAGGACGAGAACCUCACCAACUGCUACGCUGCGACCACGACCCCGCCGCCGCCGCCGCCCGUCACCGCGGCCUCAGGUACGAGACCCUGCAGGCCGUACGAGUUCAGCUGUGCCACGGUGGAGCAGUGUGUGCCUCAGGCGUGGCGCUGCGACGGGGAGACGGACUGCGCGGACGCCAGCGACGAGCAGCGGUGCCCCGCCCCCUGCGGUCCGGGUCGGGUGCCGUGCCUCGGCGGGGAUCAGUGUGUGGAGUACUGGCAGCUGUGUAAGACGGUGUCCCCGGCGCCCCCCGGUGGCAGGAACGGCUCCGUCCCCUGCCCCGAGUUCACCUGUCUGGACGGAAGCUGCGUCCCGUUCAACCUGGUGACGGCGGACUGCCCGGACGCCUCGCCGGCGGACGAGCGGGGCUGCCGGGGGUGGAGCCCCUGGGGCCCCUGGAGCCCCUGCAGCGCCACCUGCGGGCCGGGCGCCUCCAGCCGCAGGAGGUCCUGCCCCCCAGGAGACCCGCUGCUGCACUGCCGCGGUCCGGAGGUCCAGAGACAGCAGUGCUUCAACGCCAGCUGCCCCGUGGACGGCCGGUGGCUGCCGUGGGGGAGCUGGUCCAACUGCUCCAGCGGCUGUGGGGGGGUUCAGGUCCGACGCAGAGGCUGCGUCCCCCCUGUCCACGGAGGACGGGCCUGUCCCCAGCUGCCCGGACCGUCCAGCCUGCCCAUGGAAAUCAGACCGUGUCCCAGUGACGGCUGUGCCAACGCCAGCUGCCCCCCCGGCCUGGUGAGGCUCCACUGCGCCCCCUGCCCGCUGUCCUGUGCCCACAUCAGCAGCCAGACCGCCUGCGAUCCCGCCGCGCCCUGCUUCUCAGGCUGCUGGUGCCCCCCCGGUCAGGUGAUGAGCCCGGCUCAGGAGUGUGUGUCGCCGGAGCAGUGUGUGUGUGAGGUGGCGGGUGUGCGCUACUUCCCGGGCCAGCAGGUGAAGGUGGACUGUGAGAUCUGCGUGUGCGAGCGAGGCCGGCCCCAGAAGUGCCGGCCCCACCCGGACUGCUCAGCGCGCUGUGGGUGGUCCUCCUGGUCCGAGUGGGGCCAGUGUCUGGGGCCCUGCGGCGUCCAGAGCGUCCAGUGGUCGUUCCGCAGCCCCGUGGGCCCCGGCGGGGGAGGGGCCGGGGACCGGACGGCGUGCAGGGGCAUCUACAGGAAAGCUCGCCGCUGUCAGACGGAGCCCUGUGGCGACUGUGAGUUUCAGGGUCAGUCUCACGCCGUCGGGGAUCGGUGGCGGGCGGAGGAGUGCCGGCUGUGCCACUGCCUGUCCAACCUGACGGUGCAGUGCUCCCCCUACUGUCAGUACGCCGUCAGCGGCUGUCCUCAGGGUCUGAGGCUGAUUCCUGGAGAGGGAGAGCGCUGCUGUUUCUGCCAAGGCAGUAAUGGCAGCGCGCCGGUAACGGCAGGUCCAGUCACCGUGACCUCCACACCAGCAGAGGACGCCACAGCGCCGGUCCCUACGUACCCACUUCCUCCUGGAGAUGAGUGCUGGUCUCCUCUGGGGGUCCAGACUCUCCCGGCCUCCAGCUUCAGGGCCUCGUCCCAGCAGGCCGGUCACCCCCCCGACGCGGCCCGGCUCCACGGUCCAGAACCGGGGGAGUACGAGGACCUGCCCCAGCGGAGCCCCGGCGGCGGCGGCGGCCCCCCGCGGGGCCCCUACCUGCAGGUGGACCUGCUGCGACCGUACAACGUGACGGGCGUGCUGACGCAGGGCGGCGGCGCCUCCGGGACCUUCGUGUCCAGCUUCCUCCUGCAGUUCGGCUCCGACGGGGAACGGUGGCACACCUACAGAGAGCUGGUGACUGGAGGUCACCGCGCCCGAGCCAAGGUGUUCCUGGGUAACCACGAGGACGGCGGCGUGGCGGAGGUCAGGCUGGACAGGAUGGUGUCGGCCCGGUUCGUCCGCCUGCUGCCUCACGACUUCCAGAACGCCAUCUACCUCCGCCUGGAGGUCAUGGGCUGCGGAGACUCAGAGGGCGACCAGUGGCUGACCUCGCCCGCCCCGCCCUCGCCCGCCUCCCCGACGGGGCCGUCCACCCCCGCCCCCGGCCCCGCCCCCCUCAGGACUCCGUCCAUGGCCGCCGUCUCUCAUCCAGCUACAACGGUUGGCGUUCCAGGCUACCGUGGCGUCUGCUCCGCCCCCCUGGGCCUGGAGGACGGGAGGAUCCGUUACGGUCAGCUGAGCUCCUCGUCGCAUCGAGAGAACAACCCGGCCGACGCCGGACGGCUCAACAUCGUACCCAACGUUCAGGUGAUGGAGCCCGGGUGGAGCCCCCUGCCCUCCGACCCUCGCCCGUACUUCGAGGUGGACUUCCUGGAGCCCACCUGGGUGUCGGGGCUGGUGACUCAGGGCAGCCAGCGCAUGUGGGGCUACCUGACCAAAUACCGGCUGGCCUUCGCCCUGCACGGCGCCGCCUUCACGGACUACGCCGAGACCCCCGGAGGCCCCGCCAGGGUGUUCGAGGUUCGGAUGGUGGGCAGGACGCCCGUCACCCGCUGGCUGGGGCACCUGGUUCGAGCCCGCUACAUGCGCAUCAUCCCCACCGAGUUCAGACACACCUUCUACCUGCGGGUGGAGAUCCUGGGCUGCAGGGGAGACGAGCUGGUGACUCCCAGCAGUCGGAGCACGUCGCCCUCCGCUGGCGGGAAGGCGCGGCGCUGCGAUCCGGGCCAGUUUGCGUGCGUUGACAGCGAGGAGUGCGUCUCCGCCGCCGCGCUGUGCGACGGCCGUCCGGACUGCGGGGACGGCUCGGACGAGACGAGCUGUGGAACAGCUCCCCCCGGAGGCUUCCCCGGCCUGCAGAACCAGACCAGCGUCUCAGGAAGACCAGGACUGGCGACACAACCCGCCGAGCCGCACGUCUCCUCCGCUGAGGUCACCACAGGUCACCCGGGGCUUCGCGCCACCACCCCGCUGCGCCCCGGUGGACCUGGUCUUCAGACCACGGCAGCCCCGUCCGUCACCACCCCCACCUCCCGGGACGGGGGCCUACCCAGGGUGCAUUGCGUGGCGGGUCAGUUCGCCUGCCGCUCGUCCGGCUGCGUGGACGCCUCUCGGGUGUGCGACGGCAGGAGGGACUGCGCCGACGGGUCGGAUGAGGACCGCUGCGGCACGCCGCGGCCCGCCGUCACGCCGCCACGCCCCCCGCUGCCCAGCCCCUGCUCUCUGAAGCAGUUCAGCUGUGCGAGCGGGGAGUGCGUCCACCUGGACCGGAGGUGUGACCUGCAGAGGGACUGCCUGGACGGCUCGGACGAGGCCGACUGCGUGGACUGCGUCAUGUCUCCGUGGACGGCGUGGAGCGCCUGCAGCGUGUCCUGCGGUCUGGGCUCUGCGUUCCGGCAGAGGGACGUCCUGAGGGACGCUCUGCCCGGCGGCUCCUGCGGAGGAGCCCAGUUCGACAGCAGAGCCUGUUUCCCUCGGGCCUGUCCAGUCCACGGUCUCUGGUCCGCCUGGACCGAGUGGUCGGACUGUGACUCCGGGUGUGGCGGGGGCGUCCGGCAGCGGAACCGGAGCUGCUCCGAUCCUCCCCCCAAGAACGGAGGCCUGGACUGUGAGGGGAUGAGCCGGCAGAGCCAGAGCUGCAACCAGCAGCCCUGCGGCGAAGACACGGGCUCACAGACAGGCUGCGUUAACGGCAUGACGCUGGUGACGGAGGAGGACUGUCGGGCCGGGACGGCGGACCCCUGCCCCCCCACCUGCUCACAGCUCGGCUCCACCGACAACUGCUCCGCCCCCUGCGUCCCGGGGUGUCGCUGUCCGCCCGGUCUGUUCCUGCAGGACGGCCGCUGUGUGAACUCCAGCCGGUGUGUGUGCGAGUGGGACGGCGGGACGCUGCCGCCGGGCCAGGUGGCGGUCCGGGGCGAGUGCACCACCUGCACCUGCAGGGACGGGCUGGUGUCCUGCGACCCGUCCGGCUGCAUGACUUCCUGUCAGUGGUCCGCCUGGUCGUCCUGGUCGCCGUGCGGCGUGAGCUGUGGCCUGGGCCUGCAGCAGCGCUACAGGUGGGGCGUCCCGUCUGCGCUGGCCCCGGCGGGGUCGGUUUGGGUCCGGCCCUGCCCGGGAGACUCCUCCGAGGCCCGACGCUGCUCCACCUCCUGUCAACCCGACGGAGCCUGGAGUGAGUGGACCGCCUGGUCGGACUGCAGCAAGACCUGUUUCAACCACGUGGACCAGGUGGGGAUCAGACGGAGGUUUCGCAGCUGCAACGGCUCGACGCUGUGGUUCAACCACACCUGUGACGGAGACACGGAGGAGCAGGAGCCCUGCAACACCGUCCACUGCCCAGUGCACGGCGCCUGGUCGGCCUGGUCGCCGUGGUCCGAGUGCUCGUCCCAGUGCGACUCUGGCGUUCAGACCCGGGAGCGGCGGUGCCGGUCGCCGGCGGCCCGGCACGGCGGGAGGGGCUGCCCCGGACCGCACAUCCAGACCGGAGACUGUAACUCCCAGCCGUGCUCAGGCGUGUGUCCCGACGGGAUGUCCUACAUGACGGCGGCGGAGUGCCGGGCUCAGGGCGGCGCCUGCCCCCGCCUCUGUCUGGACAUGACCUCCGCCGAGGUGGAGUGCGCCACGGUGUGCUACGACGGCUGCUACUGCGCCGCGGGGUUCUACCUGCUGAACGGCAGCUGCGUGGCGCUGCAGCAGUGUCCCUGUUACCACCAGGGGGCGACGUACCCGGCCGGGUCCAGCCUGCCUGCGGACGCCUGCAACAACUGCUCCUGCAUUAAUGGAGAAAUGGAGUGUGGCUCCGCCCCCUGUCCAGUGGACUGCGGCUGGAGCAGCUGGACUCACUGGAGCUCCUGCAGCCGGACGUGCGACGUGGGCGUGAGGCGGCGGUACCGCUCGGGGACAAACCCGCCGCCGGCGUUCGGCGGCCGUCCCUGCAGGGGGGACAGGGUCGGGAUGGACACCUGCAGCAUCGAGCCCUGCUUCGGCGUUACUGGUCCCUGGACCUCCUGGUCCCAGUGCUCGGUGACGUGUGGCGGAGGCUACCGGACCAGAACCCGGGGCCCCAUCCGGGUCCACGGCACCGCCCGGCAGUUCAGCGCCUGUAACCUGCAGCCGUGCGCGGCGGGCCGGGCGUGUCCUGCCGGCAUGCAGUGGACGCAGUGCGUCACCGGUCCCGUCUCCUGUGCCGACGUCUCCGUGGGGCUGAGCAGGAACUGCACGCCGGGCUGCCGGUGUCCACAGGGGGCGCUGCAGCAGGACGGAGUGUGUGUCCAGGAGUCGGACUGCCGCUGCCUGCAGGACGGACAGCAGUACCAGCCAGGAGACGCCGUCCCCUCAGGCUGUAACAACUGCUCGUGUGAAGCGGGGCGGCUGGUGAACUGCUCCGGAGUGGCCUGCGCCGACGAGACUCUGUGGUCCUCCUGGACCCCCUGGGGUCCCUGCUCCCUCUCCUGUGGACCGGGUCUCCGGUCCCGGUACCGCUUCUGUCCCGCACCGCGGCGAGUGGGCGGGGCUCCGCCGUGCGACGGCCCCCACCGGGAGGACCAGGUCUGCGUGGUGGCGCCGUGCGAGCGUGACGGGGGCUGGGGACCCUGGACCCGAUGGAGCCACUGCACCAAGUCGUGCGGUGGGGGGGUUCGAAGCCGGAGGAGGGAGUGCGACAGUCCCAGUCCAGAGGGGGGGGGCCGAUACUGUGAGGGUCUGCGGACCGAGGUGACGGUGUGUAACGCCGACCACUGUCCAGUCCCACCCUGCUCCCAGGUCCCUGGAACAGCGUUCAGCAGCUGUGGCCCGUCCUGUCCUCGCUCCUGUGACGACCUGGCUCACUGCCAGUGGCUCUGUGAGCCCGGCUGUUACUGCACGGGGGGGAAGGUUCUGUCUGCGAACGGCAGCGUCUGCCUGCAGCAGGACGACUGUCCCUGCCUGGACCUGGACUCUGGACGCAGGCUGCUGCCCGGAGAGACCACCAGGGCCCCGGACGGCUGCAACAACUGUACCUGUGACGCUGGGAGGUUGAACUGCUCCUCGGACCCCUGUCCAGUGUCCGGAGGCUGGUGCCAGUGGUCCGACUGGACCCCCUGCUCCCGGACCUGCGGGGCGGAGUCGGUGAGCCGGUACCGGAGCUGCGGCUGCCCCGAGCCCCGGGCCGGAGGGGAACCGUGUCCCGGAGAGCAGGACACCCACGGCGGCGUCGGAGUCCAGAUCCAGAGGCAGAGCUGUCCCGUCACCGCCUUCUGUCCAGUUCACGGCUCGUGGAGCUCCUGGUCGUCGUGGUCGGAGUGUGACGGCUGUGCCGGGUCGUCCACCCGGACCCGGGACUGCAGCAGUCCUCCGGCCCGGUUCGGCGGUCUGCCCUGCCUGGGGGCGAGCCGGCAGACCCGCGGCUGCCGGGACAACUCCACCCACUGCUCAGACUGCGGCGGCGGCGUGGACCGCUGGUCCUGCGGGAAGCCCUGCCCCCGCUCCUGCUCCGACCUGCACGGCGACGCCGAGUGCCUCGACCCCGCCGGAUGCUCCCCGGGCUGCGGUUGCCUCGGCGACCAGGUGCUGCAGGACGGAGCGUGCGUGGACCGCGACGAGUGCCGCUGCAGAUACCACAACGGCUCGGCCACCGGUUCGAUCCCCGCUCGGCCCGCCAGGCGAGCCAAAGCUGCGACGGAUCCCCGGCCGCUCUGUGAUCGCUCGCUUCUGUCUGCAGGUGGUCCGGAUCCCACCAACACGUCCCGGGUCUGGCCCGGCGGAGCGGACUGGGAGACCCUGAACCCCGGAGAGAACAUCGCCAGCGACUGUAGAAACUGCUCCUGCCAGGCCGGCGUCCUGCACUGCGUCUCUGUCCCCGGCUGCCGAGUGGACGGCGAGUCCCCCUGGUCCCCCUGGUCCCCCUGGUCCUCCUGGUCCUCCUGGUCGUCCUGCUCGGUCAGCUGCGGGGGGGGACAGCAGUCCCGGUCUCGGCUGUGCGUCUCGCCGCCCUGCAGCGGAUUCAGUCGACAGAGUAAAACCUGCAACAGUCACGUGUGUCUGGACGUGGGCUGUCCUCCGGGCCGGCUGUACCGGGAGUGCGAGCGCGGCGAGGGCUGCCCGUUCAGCUGCUCCCAGGUCAGCGGCCGAGACGGCUGCUACUCGGACGGCUGCGAGGAGGGCUGCCACUGUCCGCCGCACGCCUUCCAGCACCGGGACGUCUGCCUGCAGGAGUGUCCGUGUGCGGUGGACGGAGAGCUGCUGGACGCUCUGCGCGCCGUGUCCACCACCACGCCGCCGCUGUUCCACAACGUCUCUGAGGGGGCGGAGUUCAGCUCCGGAGACACGUUAGAGCACGACUGCAGCGCCUGUGUCUGUGAUCACGGCCGCUGGAACUGCUCCCUGGAGCACUGUCCCGUGGACGGGGCCUUGUCCCCGUGGGGCCCCUGGACCCCCUGCUCGCUGUCCUGCGGCGGUCUGGGACUGAAGACCCGCUCCAGGGCCUGCACGGACCCGGCCCCGGCCCACGGCGGGAGGGACUGCCGGGGCCCCCGGCUGGAGACCACGUACUGCCAGGCCCCCGACUGUCCAGAUGAGGACGACGGGUUCUCCCCCUGGUCCUCCUGGACCCCCUGCUCUCGGACCUGCACCGACGCCCUCCGCCCGGCCACCAAGUCCCGGCGCCGCCUCUGUGCCACGCCCCCCUGCUCCGGAAGCUCCCUGCAGGAGAAAGCCUGCAACCUGCCGCAGUGCCCAGGGGGGUGUGUGGGGCCGGACUGCGCCCAGAGGAACUGCUCCUGGACGGACUGGGGGGACUGGGGGUCCUGCUCGCGGUCCUGCGGGGUGGGCCAGCAGCAGAGGGUCCGGACCUUCCUGGGACCGGGACUCAACGGCUCCUGGUGCGAAGACAUCCUGGGAGGGAACCUGGAGAACCGCUUCUGCAACAUCCGGCCCUGCAAAGUGGACGGCGGCUGGUCCCGUUGGAGUCCCUGGUCCCGCUGCGAUAAGCCGUGUGGCGGCGGACGCUCCAUCCGGACCCGGUCCUGUUCCAGCCCCCCCCCGAAGAACGGGGGCAGGAAGUGUGAGGGCGAGAAGAACCAGGUGAAGCCCUGCAACACCAGGCCCUGCGACGAGGCCGGAUGUCCUCCGGGACAGGAGUUCGUCUCCUGCGCCAACCAGUGUCCCCAGCGCUGCUCGGACCUCCAGCAGGGCAUCGAGUGCCAGGACAGCGCCGAGUGCCAGCCGGGCUGCCGCUGCCCCACAGGCGAGCUGCAGCAGGACGGCCUGUGCGUCCGCCUGUGGCAGUGCGACUGUGUGGACGCCCUGGGCCAGGUGUGGGCGGCCGGCAGCUCUCACCAGGCCGACUGCAACAACUGCAGCUGCCGGGACGGCCGGCUGCUCUGCAGCAACCACAGCUGCCGGGCCGGCUGCGUGUGGAGCUCCUGGUCCAGCUGGGCGGCGUGCAGCGUGUCCUGUGGGCGGGGCCAGAGGACCAGAUACAGGUCUCUGAUCCCUGAGGCGGACGGGACGGACUGUAACUUCGAGGAGGUCCAGCACCGAGGCUGCGACCCGGGACCCUGCCCGCCCCUCUGUCUCCACGGCGACCGGGAGCUGAGCGUGGGAGACACCUGGCUGCAGGGCGAGUGCAAACAAUGCACGUGCACGCCGGAGGGGGAUUACUGCCAAGACAUCGACUGCAGAGUGGACGGCGGCUGGACGCCCUGGUCCGUGUGGUCGGACUGCUCCGUCACGUGCGGCCUGGGGACCCACGUUCGAACCCGGGCCUGCAUCAACCCUCCGCCCCGGAACAACGGGUCGGCGUGCGGCGGGGCGGACCGGGAGAGCGACGGCUGCCGGACGCCCCCCUGCCUGGAUGACCUCUGCCCCUGGUCGCCGUGGUCGCCGUGCUCCCGGAGCUGCGGGGCGGGGUCGGCGACGCGGCGCAGGGCGUGCACGUGCGAGCCGGGGGGCGAGGCGGCGUGCCCCCCCGAGGUGGAGGCCAGGAGGGACGGCGAGGAGACGCAGCUGUGCUACGAGCAGCCCUGCCCAGCCUGCCCCAUGUCGGCCUGGAGCGUCUGGUCGCUCUGCUCCUGCGUCUCCCAGAGGCAGCAGCGGUACCGCGUGGCGCUGUCCUCGGCCACCAGGGGGCAGCAGUGCACCCCGGUGGAGAGUCAGAGCAGAGCCUGCUCCAGCCGGCAGUGCCAGGAUUGCGAAGCUCCCUUCGUCUUCAUGUCCUGCGGUUCUCCCUGCCAGAAGCAGAACACAGAGUCUGUCCACAACCUGACAGCCUCGUCUUUCCUCUUCUUCCUUCAGGGCCUCCUGCAGCUGAACGGCAGCUGCGUCCGUCCGGAGGAGUGCGGCUGCGUCCACCUGCGGCCCGGCGCCUCGGGGGAGCCGCCCACGCCCGUCAGGGUGCCGCCGGGGUCGGAGGUCACGGUGGGCUGCAGCACCUGCCUCUGCCAUGACGGGACUCUGCACUGCGACAGCCGGGACUGUGAAGUCGUCCUCAGCGAGUGGUCGGAGUGGACGCCCUGCUCCCCCUGCCAGCCCUCCUCCUCCUCCUCCUCCGCCCUGCAGUUCCUCCCCCCGCCAGCAGGGGCGGGCGGCGCCACCCUGGUCUCCGUCCAGCGGCGCUUCAGGGCCUGUCUGGACCUGGACUCCGGUCGGCCCGUCCCCCCCGGGGAGGACGGCCAGUGUGAGGGUCCGCUGGUGGAGGACAGGCCCUGUCCGGACGCCGACGUCUGCACAGAUCUGUGCGUGUGGAGCUCGUGGAGCGCCUGGACGGCGUGCGCAGAGCCGUGCAGCGGCGGCGUCCGGCAGCGCUACAGACGGCCGCUGGCCGCCCCCGCAGGACCCCGCUGCCGCAGCCAGCAGACGCAGAGCCAGAGCUGCAACACGGGGCUGUGUCCAGGUGAACGCUGUGAGGACCGCGGCCGGACGUACCAGGAGACGUGCGCCAACCAGUGUCCUCGCAGCUGCGCCGACCGGUGGGAGCACGUGCAGUGUCUGCAGGGAGCCUGCCACGCCGGCUGCCGGUGUCCAGACGGACAGCUGCUGCAGGACGGCCGCUGCGUCCCGGUGGCGGAGUGCCGCUGCGGUAUCCCAUCAGGCAACGGGACGCUGGAGUUCCGGCCCGGGGAGGAGCUGGCGGUGGACUGCAACACCUGCGCCUGUGAGAACGGCACCCUGCUGUGCGGCCGGCUGCCCUGCCCGCUCUACCGGCCCUGGAGUCCCUGGAGCGCCUGCUCGGCGUCCUGUGGGCGUGGCCUGACGACGCGGACCCGCCUGUGCCAGCGGGCGGAGGACGGCCCCCCCUGCGGAGAGACGGCGCAGACGGAGCGCUGCGCCCUGCCGCCCUGCCCAGGUGGAGGCUCCCCGCUCCGUCCGGCUCCGCAGGUGUUCACUGCCUGCUCUGCGUCUUGUCCCUACACCUGCGAGGACCUGUGGCCACACACUCAGUGUUUACCUGGACCGUGCACACCGGGCUGCUCAUGCCCGCCUGGAGAGGUUCUGCUGGCUGGUUCCUGUGUGUCUCCUGCAGACUGUCCCUGCUCCCCGCUCUCGUUGCCCUUUGACCUCCACAGCUGGAAUGUCAGCGACGAGAACUUCACACACACUCUGCUGCCGCCUGGAACCGCCGUCCCCUACCGCUGCAACACCUGUGUGUGCCGAGACGGGGCGUUCCACUGCACCACUGAGCUCUGCGAUGUGUGUCCUGAGGGCGAGCAGUGGAGGAGGAGGCGCACCUCGGAGGAGCCGCGGGAGGCCCGGGAGCCGCCGGAGCUGCGGCCCUGUGAGCGGAGCUGCCAGGACAUCUACUCCCCGUCUCCGGUCAACUGCAGCCGCCGGGCGGAGGGCUGCGCCUGCCAGGAGGGCCGCUACCGGGCCCCGGGGGGCGCCUGCACCAUCCCCGCACUCUGCCCCUGCUACGACCAGGACCAGCUGCGCCAGGCUGGCUCGCAGUGGGAGGAGGGCUGCCUGUCGUGCAGCUGUGUGAACGGGAGGAAGACGUGUCGGCUGAGCUGCCCGCCUCUUCUGUGUGACGAGGAGGAGGUGAAGGUGGAGGAGCCCGGCAGCUGCUGCCCAGUCUGCAGGAGGCCGUUUCCAGAGGAGCCGGCGGCCGAGUGUCGUCGCUACGUCGAGGUCCGGAACAUCACCAAGGGGGCCUGUCGGCUGGACAACGUGGAGGUCAGCUCCUGCAGGGGGCGCUGCCUGUCCAGGACCGACGUCAUCCUGGAG